AUAGACACUGACAAUUAAAUAGAUCACAGUGCAGCACAGACAGGCACAGCGCGGAGGAAAGCACAGAACUAUAAACACACGCAGCCUCACUCUGUUCAUCAUGAGCUAUGGAGCAGCCUGCAUCUUCCUGAGGGGAAGGAAGAACACUGCAAGAGAACUGGCAGAUGAUGAAAUAGAAGAGCUCAGGGGGGCCUUUGAUGAAUUUGACAAGGACAAGGAUGGACUGAUCAGCUGCAAAGACCUGGGAAACCUGAUGAGGACCAUGGGGUACAUGCCUACUGAGAUGGAGCUGAUCGAGCUGAGUCAGAACAUCAACAUGAACCUGGGGGGCAGAGUGGACUUUGAGAACUUUAUGGCGCUGAUGGCCCCGAAGCUCUUGGCAGAGACUGCUGGGAUGAUUGGAAUGAAAGAGCUGAAAGAAGCCUUCAGAGAGUUUGACACGGAUGGAGACGGGGAGAUCACCGCAGAUGAACUGCGUUCUGCCAUGAAAAAACUGAUGGGCGGGCACAUGAGCCAGAAAGAGGUCGAUGCUGUGGUCAGAGAAGCAGAUAACAAUGGCGACGGGACUGUGGACUUUGAGGAAUUUGUUAAGAUGAUGUCACGCCAGUGAAAGAAGGAAAGAGGAGAGCUCAUUGAAGAGAAGCACUCACUGGAAAAUGUGACAGAAGAUCAUUGCUGUUCAUAAUGCUUUCUGUUCCCAUUAAAAAAUACAUGUAAACCUUUUAGUUCUGUAGUUUAUCCUUCCUAUUUCCCAAACUAUUUGCCUUUGUCUCUAUAAUAUUUCUCUCUGUCAGUGUUGCUUUAUCUUUUCUUACUCUUAGUUUAGCACUCACAAAUACAUUUUUGAAUACCACGUUUGUACAGUAUUGAUUUGUGCACACAUGCAUGUGUAUACAACUCAAACUUUACAUUAAAAUUGAUGAUAAAUAAAGUGAA